CAGCACCCCUCCUUCCCCUGUGUCUGACACUGACUUCAAGGGAGGAGUUGAGCCAAUUAUCUGUGAGUCCUACAGAAGGAAAAUCUGCAAUUUGCCAGUAGUUGUGAGAGAGAGAGGGAGAAAGGCAGGGAGGGAAGGAAAAAGAUUUAACUGGCAAAUAUAAAGAAAAACCCCUUCUAUCCUAGAGAGAGAAUAUUUUAAAGCGAAUCUCAGACCAGAAGAAAAGAAGCUCGUGGGGAGGGAUGAGCCAGAUAAGAUCUGGGGAAGCAUAGAGUCACCGCAGACAACUUCCAUGCCUACCCUGAUCUUUCUGCAGAGGAUCUGAGGCAGCAGAGAGGCAGGGUGGGCCAGCUGGAUGCACCCACUACCCUGCACAAGUAGGUGCUGCUCCUGAAAUUCUUUCCCCACAGAAGAGCCUACAAAGUACAACUUGCAAGAAAAAGCAGUGUGAGCAGGAGAGACUCUGUUUCUCCUUUUCUUGAACUGAGCCUGAGGAAAGAGCUCAUCUGCCCAAAGGGGAAAACCUGUCACAGGUUCUGAGAUUCUUCUUUAGCUUAUGUCGGUUGCCUGAUCCAAUACAUACGUCUAUGGGGGAAUGCCCUCUGGAGUCCUGCAGUCCUUCCCAAUCCUGCUAAGUUCUUGGCAAAUACUGGAGAAGAACUGAGCCCAGAACAAGCAACGUGGGAUCCACAGAACAAUAGCCUUUUACAACAGCAGCCACCUCUGAUUAAAAUUAUCAGCUUCAUCAGACUGCACCGAGACCCAGGACUGCUACUCCUAGGAAAGAAAGCUCUGCUAUUUCCUCUUUCAGGACCAAGCAAUGAUGAAGACUAUGUCUGGUGGAAACUGCAACCUGAACGUGCCGGCCAAGAACUCAUACCGCAUGGUGGUUCUGGGAGCCUCCAGGGUGGGGAAAAGCUCCAUUGUCUCACGCUUCCUCAAUGGCCGCUUUGAGGAUCAGUACACUCCCACCAUCGAGGAUUUUCAUCGCAAGGUCUACAACAUACGGGGAGACAUGUAUCAGCUGGACAUCCUGGACACCUCUGGGAAUCACCCUUUCCCUGCCAUGAGGAGGCUUUCCAUCCUAACAGGGGAUGUUUUCAUCCUGGUGUUCAGCCUAGACAACAGAGAAUCUUUUGAUGAGGUCAAGCGACUCCAGAAACAGAUCCUUGAGGUCAAAUCCUGCCUGAAGAACAAGACCAAGGAAUCAGCUGACCUCCCCAUGGUGAUCUGUGGCAACAAAAAUGACCACAGUGAAAUUUUCCGCAAGGUACGCACUGAUGAAGGUGAGAAUCUUGUCUCCAGUGAUGAAAACUGUGCUUACUUUGAAGUGUCAGCCAAGAAGAACACCAAUGUGGAUGAGAUGUUUUAUGUCCUCUUCAGCAUGGCCAAGCUACCUCAUGAGAUGAGCCCUUCCCUGCACAGGAAAAUCUCCAUCCAGUAUGGUGACACUUUCCAACAGAAAUCCUUUCGGAUGCGGCGAGUCAAAGACAUGGACGCCUACGGCAUGAUCUCUCCCUUCGCUCGCCGGCCAAGUGUCAACAGUGACCUGAAGUAUAUCAAAUCAAAAGUUCUCAGGGAAGGUCAGUCCAGAGAGAGAGAGAAAUGCACAGUCCAGUGAAGGAGGCUUGCGCUUCUGUCUGAAGAAAACAUCCACACACAGUGCCUUAAAGAAAAAAUGGUCUGUGGAAGCAAAGAACGGGCUAGUGGGGUUUAUCAAGCAAACCCAACAUGGAGAAAGGAAAACUUCCUGUGGAUUCUGCUGAGUCACAAAUGUAAAUAACAUCAGCCUUGAAGAUGACUUGGAAUGAUCAUACACCUGAGAUACAUUUGCAUUCUUUUGUCUUUGUAAUGUAGCUCCUCUUCAUUCCCCUUUUUGUUUGAAAAAUACAGUCCUGAGAAGUAAAGACAUUUCAAACUUACCAUUACAAAGAAAAUUGAUCAAAAACGCACAGAAGGCAUUGACAGUCACCCAGCAUGCAGCUCUUGCUAAGAGAGAGGAGGUUAUGUGUGUGUAUGUAUAUCUCUGUGUGCCCAUGUGCACGUGUGCAAGCAUGUGUGGAGCUCUCCUUUUAAAAACUGGGACUUGCAUUUCAAAGGGCAGCAGUCUUAACUGAGCAUUCCCAGACUGGGAGUGGACUCUAUAUGUGGAUGCAUGACUUUCACUCACUUCUGAGGGCACCUGCAUUAAGAAUUGAUUUUAUGUUUGUUGGGACAGUUACCAUUUGACAUUGACAUGAAUGUUGGUUUGUAUUAUAGAUUUUAUUUGGAAUUUGUUGGGUUUUUUUAUUAUUUGGGGGUGGGUUUUUAGCAAAAUCAGAUGGCAAGUGCAUUUGAUAUUAAACAGUGUCUGCUUUCUACCAGUGAGAGGUGGUUUUCCUCUGUAACACUUUCUAAGAUGUGCAUUGAUUGAAAGUGAAAUUAUUCUGCAAAAAGCCAAUGCAUUUGGCUGCUUUGCAAGCCUGGUGUGAUGUUGUUUCUCAAAGCAGCCACACCAGUUCUGGGUAUCAUAAUACAAAUGCCACUCCUUGCCUUGCUGGACUAAUAAUUCUUUCCUCUGCCUGUAUCAGCUGUGAGUGACCACACUUACAUGUAGAAUGAGACCACUUCAGAGCCAGGAUUGGAUUAUUUUUCAAAUAUAAUAACUGAAUGGUUAUAGGGCCAGCUCCUUUAUAUUUCUUCUGCUGACAUGCUUCUAGUAAUUUUGUUCAUAGUUUCCCUCACUGUCCAGUAAAGGUUGUCUUGAUGGAAACAUUUGCACUGCGGAAGUCCUUCAGAACAGAACCUUUGUCCUGGCUGUUCAAACAGGAUUGAACUGACUGGUCAGAUAAAUCUGGGGCUGUCCAUUCACUUCUUUCCUUUCUCAGCCCAGUACAGGCAUCCUUAUCUUCACCUCUCUCCCUGUGCUGCUUCUAGCUCUGUUGUUUGAUGAGCUCCUGUGCGCCCUCAGAGUCCAAUAUAUUCUCUCAAAUGUGAGCUUGCCACUCUUGCUGACUGGAAUGAGCUGUGUGCACACAUAUCUGUGGACAAAGCAUGGCCCCAAGACAGUAAACAACAGUAGAAUAUAUAUGUUAUAUAUACCUCAGAAAGACCUUUGGAUAUAUUGUCCUUCCCUCACCCUCAAGUUCUGUGUUUGGCUACAUCUGCCUUGUUGUGUCCUAGGCAGAGCUGUGAGCUAGUUUGUGCUAUAAUUUGACAGGAAACCAAGAAUGAUGAUUGUCUGUAAAAAUUAGCCUCUGGGAUUCAAAAUCCCAUAUUCAUUUAUCAACUCCACCCUUCAUUGGUACUGUAUUGUUAAAAUACACUGUUCUUUUAUUCCUGUUGCCAGGGCAGCACCUUUCUGACCAUGUCUCCCUCCCUAUCUAUAAAUAUGUACAUGGUUUAUGAUUAAACCUGAUUUAUUUAUUA